UCGCUGUCGAUUUCAAGAGGUGGUCGGCGAUUCCCUUUAAGAUAAAUGUGUUAAUUGCCCGUGAUCGAGGCGAAUUUGGACCAGGUUUUGGAGUGGACGAAAGGGGACAGACUGUUCUCAUUUGCGGAGUACAACAUAUAUUUUUUUUGUUCUGAAGCUGAAGACGAAAUUGGGAGUAACGUUAGUUAGUCUAGCGAACGUCAGCUCGCCUGGCUCGGGAAUAGACGGAGGGGGGAGAAGGGGACAUGGCCACUCAGGUGGACACUCUCUUACCCAACAGUCCUCUAACGAAGCCGGAGGAGCCUGGGAGUGCAAGCGCUGAGAAGCACGGGGAGGAACGCUCGGAGAAAGGGGCGAAGCAGACCGCUGCUGCUGCUGCUGCAGACGGCGGCAGACUUCUGGAAGGAGGCGAGCCGCUUUCCGAGGAGCGGCGCAGACGGCAGGUAAAAGACGGGAGCAGCGGCCACGCAAAGGAGAGCGUGAAAGAGGAAAGCGCUCCGCACGGAAAGCCCUCUCACCACGCAGAAACGGACAAUCAGGCGGACGAAAGCGCAAAAUGCGGCAAGAAAGAGUUGGCCGUGGCGCCCCCUCCGAAGGUGAACCCAUGGACUAAGAAAAUGAAUGCUGUGACCGUGGUCAGUGUGAACGGACCUCAUCCUAAUGAACCAUCCCUACCAACCAGAGUGGUGAGAGCAGGAGCCCCACGGACACGGAGAGGAGGGAAAGUCGGAGACUUUGUCGACACCAACAGCUGGCCCACCCCGGGAGAGAUUGCCUCUAAGGACCUGCAGGCACCCAAGAGAGCCGUCGCUAAGAAGGAUUCGAAGGAGAUCAGGGACGAGGAGAGCAAGGAGAACCAGAAGACAAAGUCGGACGACUCUGGAGAGGAGAAGAACAGGGAGGAUGACGCCCAGAGAUACGGUCAGAAGAAGCGAGGAAACAAACACAAGUGGGUCCCCCUGAUGAUCGAGGUCACGUCCGACGGGCCCAGAGAGCGGUCGGCCUCGAGGAGCAACGCCCGACAGAACGAGCCCGCCAAGACGCAUUCCGCCAGGAACGAUCUGAGGGACUGGCACAGCGGGAAGUACGAGCGGGAGUGGCGCGAUGACCAGGACGAGGUGUCGAGUGUGAAGAGCGAGGGGACCCCCUUCCGUGGCGGAUUCCGAGGGCGUGGCCGGGGCAGGGGGCGAGGACGGGGGCGUGGUCGGGGUGGAAGCAGAGGACAUUUUGAGUACGCCUAUGUGUACAAGCCCUACGAGGGAAAGGACGGGCUGUACAGCCAGAAGUUCAACAGCAGCGUGACCUAUUACUACGACCACAUGAGCAGCAGCGAGCUGUACACCGUGGACCAGGAGCUGCUGAAGGACUACAUCAAGAGGCAAAUUGAGUACUACUUCAGCGUCGACAACCUGGAGAGGGACUUUUUCCUGCGCAGGAAGAUGGACCAGGCCGGCUUUCUGCCCAUCACCCUCAUAGCCAGCUUCCACCGAGUCCAGGCCCUGACCACUGAGCUCAGCUUAAUCCUGGAGGCAUUGAAGGACAGCAAAGAGGUGGAGUGCGUUGACCUCAAGGUCCGUCCGAGGGUGGAGCCGGAGAAGUGGCCCCUCCCCGGCCUCUCUGCGCCCGAUCAAUCCCACACUGACUUCACGCAGCUCAUCCACUGUCCUGAGUUUGUCCCCCGCCAGGCCUCCCAAAACCAGACAGGGUCUCCAGUGCUGCCUGCCCCAGAGCCAGCCCGCGGUGAGGACCUCGGCUCCCUGAAGGCCACGCCCAAGGGGCUGUCCACCAGCCUGCCUGACCUGGACUCCGACUCCUGGAUAGAGGUGAAGAAGAGGCCACGCCCAUCACCUGCCAGACCCAAGAAGGCAGAGGAGUCCCGGCCGUCGGUGCAGUCAGGCCCCGCCCCCGGGGCUGAGCAGGAAGAGCCCGAGGAGCUGGACUUCCUGUUCGACGAGGAAAUGGAGCAGAUCGACGGCCGGAGAAACACCUUCACCGACUGGUCGGACGAGGAUUCCGACGGCGAGAUCGACGACCGCGAUGUGAACAAGAUCCUCAUCGUCACCCAGACGCCCCCCUACCUCCGCAAGCACCCGGGUGGCGACCGCACCGGCAACCACACCUCGCGCUCCAAACUGACAGCCGAGCUGGCCAAGGUCAUCAACGACGGGCUCUACUACUACGAGCAGGACCUGUGGGAGGACACCUACGAACCCGAGUAUGCCACCAUCAAGCAAGAAGUUGAGAACUUCAAGAAGGUGCAUCUGAUCACCCGGGAGCAGUUUGACUGCCUGACCCCGGAGCCGCCUAUCGACCCAAACCAGGAGGUGCCCCCUGGACCCCCCCGCCCCCAACAGAUCCCCACAGAUGCCUUGGCAAAUAAACUCUUUGGUGCCCCAGAGCCGACGACCAUCGCCCGCUCCCUCCCGACGACCGUGCCGGACUCCCCGACCUACCGGAGCGCCAGGACGCCCCGCACCCCCCGCACCCCGCGCCUGAAGGACCCCACGCAGACGCCCCGCUUCUACCCGGUGGUGAAGGAGGGGCGGCCGGUCGACGCUAAGACCCCGCGUAAGAGGAAAACCCGCCACAGCGCCAACCCUCCCAUGGAGAGCCACGUGGGCUGGGUGAUGGACUCCCGCGAGCACCGGUCCCGCACCACGUCCGUCAGUUCCAACGCCAGCCCCUCAGAGGGCACGCCGGCCCUGGGAAACUACACGCCCCAGUCCCUCCCCAAAUUCCAGCACCCGUCCCACGAGCUGCUUAAGGACAACGGCUUCACCCAGCAAGUGUACCACAAGUACCGGCGCCGCUGCCUGAACGAACGCAAGCGGCUGGGCAUCGGUCAGUCGCAGGAGAUGAACACGCUCUUCCGCUUCUGGUCCUUCUUCCUGCGGGACCACUUCAACAGAAAGAUGUACGAGGAGUUCAGGCAGCUGGCGGUGGAGGACGGGAAAGAGGGCUACAGGUACGGGCUGGAGUGCCUUUUCAGGUAUUACAGCUACGGGCUGGAGAAGAAGUUCAGGCCAGAGAUAUUCAAAGACUUCCAGGAGGAAACCAUGAGGGAUUUUGAAGCUGGCCAACUGUACGGUCUUGAGAAGUUCUGGGCAUUCCUUAAAUACUCCAAAGCAAAGAACCUGGAGAUCAACCCCAAACUGCAGGAAUGUUUAAGCAAUUUUAAACGUCUAGAGGAUUUCAGAGUUGAUCCGCCGAUGGAGGAUGGAGGUCGGAAGAGACACCCCUCCACUGGGGACGGACGCCGCCGCCACCCGUCCCACACCUCCGGCCGACCCUCCAACCAAUCAGGGUCCAGCUCGGUCCCGUCUCCGCAGGGCCUCCUGAAAGAGGACGCCAAAAUCCCAGCCCCAAGAGCCGUAGCGUCCGAGCAGAAACCGCAGCAGUGACCCACACCACCCUCAUGACCUCUCACCUCACUGUCUUUUUAAUCUGUCCUGCAGCCACAGGGGGGUCGCAACACUAAUGCAGACAUGCCCAUAACAGACAUGCCAGCGCUAACACAGACACGCCCAUAACAGAC